AAAAUGAGACAAAAUAAGUAAGUUGACGGUGAGUCGGAAACGCACGACUCUUCGUGGAAAAAAAGCAAAACGGAAGAUGUUCAGACGAAGCAAAGUACGAGGAUACUCGCUCGACGAGAAGUGAGCAGAAACUACAGCCAAGAACAAUCUAACACAUCGAGUCGCGUGCAAGGUUGUCUCGCUUUUGAUGAUUUGUGAAGUAAUUUCAUCUAAUAUGACAGGACCGCUGUAAAAGUAAAAUCCAUUGCGUAAGGCCGUAGGUCGUGCUAGGAAGUGCUUUGAAAUAUUCUGAUGCCUAGAAAUUUUCUUAUCCUUUUCUACUUUUCAGGUAAAGAACAUCUUAGGUGCAGUAGUAGUAGAGUAUAGAAUACAGUGUUGUUGAGUACUUUUUCAAGGAAUUUUUAUCCUCGCCGGAUCUUGACCCAUAAGUUUUCGUUGUUUAUUUACAAAGUGUAAGAACUGCGUACACGAUUGGGAGGAGCAAUACGAAGAAAAUCAUGGCUGCACCACGACCGUUCUGGCGUCUGCAGCCGAAGCACCAGAACUAAUUCUGCGGAAACAUAAAACCGGGGCUGGAGUAUCAAAAUGACGAGGUGGAGAAGCACGACGUCUCACUUCAGUUAGAACGAGUUCAUCCCAACACCGGGUGCUGUCCGGCCCCGCAAGAACGACAUCCAGGCGCAUCCCGGCGGGGUUGCAUCAACAGCAUUGAAAAAUGAUAGACGACAACAGGAAGAUUGGCAUGGGGCUUUGUGCCCUUGGCCUGGUAUAAAAAUGAACUUCUUGAUUGUUUUGCUUCAUUUGCUCCAUCCACGAUAAUCAUUCUAUUUGAUCUAAAACCAAAAAGAUAUCUCAGAGUCAGAACGCGAGCGUGGUAUCGUAUGAUGAAAGUAUGUUCCGUAAAACUCGAAAAACAGCUCCUGAUAUUCCUCGGCUGCCUCUUCCUGUUCGACCGAGCACUCCUUACACUCGGGAACCUCGGCUUCCUCGCAGGGCUGGUUUUUCUGCUCGGACCGGAAAAAACGACGAAGUUUUUCGUGAAGAAGACCGUGCCAUCACUCAUAUUCUUCGGCGGAGUCAUAAUAAUCAUAUACGGCUGGCCAUUUGUCGGUAUAAAUGAUUAUUUUUUUUUGAUUGGCACUAGGUAGCACCAGCGCCUGCUUGCUGAUUCCUUGCAUAGUAUGCACGCGACUCAUACAGCCAUUGAAAGGGAUGUAUAAAUUAGUUCCAUGCAACGACGUUCGCAAACGCGUGACAGGUAAGUGUAAAAAAUCACGAAUAAAAAAAAUCUAGGUUUCCUCCUCGAGCUGUAUGGCGUUUGGAAAUUAUUCGCCACUUUCCUGCCCAACGUCGUUGCAACGCUGAAGAUGGUGCCGGGUGUAAGUACAGUGUUGGAGACGCCACCAGUUUCCUACGCAGUGGACUACAUAAACGACAACCGAAGACUACCGGUGUAGCGAUUGUGGUCGUGUUGUUCUUCGAGACCUGAUUGAGCUCGCCAAAGAAAAACAAUCUACCCCAACCCCCCUCUCCCAGCGACAGUAUCAAUGUACCUACACGACGUUCGACACACGACAGUGCGGCCCCCCCGCGAGCAACGCUGCCUCGCAGCUGCGACAAAGGUCGUAUAUGUGUCUGGUUCCGUCUUUGUAACAGCAUAGUAUAAUUUCGCUAGCACGCGCGCUACGGAAAAUUUCAAAAAAUGAACGACAGAAGAAGAUAAGUUUAU